AUGCCGGUCCCCGCUGGCGCCUUCCUGCUGCACGGGGGAAGCUCGGCGGCGGUCUCUGCGGAGUUCCAGCAGCUUGUCGACGAGCUUGUGAAGCUGCACCUCACCGAGCUAUCCCGAUGCUCCACGCAGGAAUCUGCCGGCCAGAUGGCCCAGUCCCCGUGCCCCAUCGAGCCUGCCGCCCCAAAGUGGCGAAAUCUCAGGCCGCGAGAAAGGCGCGAAGUUCAAGCGGAGGACGUCUUGACAGCAUGGGACAACGAGUACAACGAGAAUACCAACAUAAAUCUUUUGAACCGAAAUCCCUUCACCAUGCAAAGCAUGACAGACGACCUCGGUCAGUCGGUGACAACCUCGAAGGUCUCCAGUGGCUCCAAAGGCUCAGCAGGUGCUGAGAAAUGCUCCUGCACUCGUUUGCCUACCUACCGUGAGUUCGAGAGCUUCUUGCAGUCCAGCAAGUUCGAGGUGCUUAUGACCUGCGUCUUGGGCUUGCAUGUCUUGUGGAUGGCGCUAGAGCUGCAACUCUACGGGUCGUUGAUGGGCUACGAAGUCGGCAUCGUCUCCAACAGCUAUGUGCGUAGGGCGGACUGGGUAGAGUGGGAGAACAUCUUUCGCGCGGGCGACACGGCCUUUACGAUGUUCUUCACCAUCGACGUGGUGAUCCGGGUGUCCAUUCUCAGGCUGAAGUUUUGGAAGGUCUGCUUGAACUAUGUGGACGUGGCUGUGACCGCUACGUCCUUGUUUGAGCUCACCUCACGCGUCUUUCUCCUUCCGGUCAAUCCUGUCCUUUUUCGCCUCUUGCGGAUUUUCAAGUUGGCUCGGGCUCUUCGAAUGGUGACCAUGACGAACGUCCUGUCCUCUCUCCAGUUGCUCAUCAAAUGUUUGAUGGCAAGCAUUGACAUGCUCUUCUGGACUUUCUGCCUGCUCACGUUCUUGCAAUGCGUGGCGGGCAUGAUCGUCAGUACCCUCUGCCGCGACUACAUUGAAGACCCACAGUUUGCUCUCGCGACGCGUGAGGAAGUGUACCGCUACUACGGUAGCUUUACUCGCACUUUCCUGACCAUGUUUGAGAUACUCUUCGCGAAUUGGGCACCCCCAGCACGUGUGCUUGUAGACAACGUCAGCGAAUGGUUCUCUUUGUUCUUUUUGAUCUACCGGUGCAUCAUUGGAUUUGCAGUGCUCAAUGUCGUCAAUGCCGUGUUCGUGCAGCAAACGAUGAAGACUGCCAGCUUCGACGAAGAGCUUGCAUUCAAGCAGAAGGAGAGGGAUGUUGUCACGUACACCAACAAAGUCCGAAGGCUAUUUCAAACAAUGGACGAGACUGGAGAUGGGACUUUGAACUUCGAGGAGUUCUCCAAGCUUGUUACCUCACCCAAGCUCAAGUUCUGGAUGAGCCAGCUGGAGUUGGACUACCACGACUUGCUGAGCCUGUUUGAGUUCCUUGAUAAUGGUGACUCAGAUGCAGCGAGCGAGCAUGGGCUGCAGGCAACCUGUAAAGACUACAGGGGUCAGAAUCAUUACUAA